UUCCAUAACAACAGGAAUUACUCGGUCAAUGGCAACGGACAUUUAUCACAAUUAACUACGAAGUGUGGUAAACUAAGGAAUUAAUUAGAAUGCGCAAGAGGGUGUUGGAUCUACUAAUUAGGGAACUAUGGGUUGGAUGACACACAAGUUUCCCUCCAACACAAUGUACCGCUAUAAAGUUAAUACUGACAAUGAUGCCACUGAUUCGUGGAAGAGACGUGUGGAUUUACACAAAAUACAAGAGUUUAUCAGGAAUCAGCGGAUAAAAUCAAGGCCAAAAUUCGAUUGGGAAAAGUGCGUAACUGGACGAUUGAGGAUGGCUGACAGGUUUCACCGUGCGGCCAGGGAUGGAUAUUUGGACCUUCUGCGUGAGGCGACUCGCAAAGACUGCGACAAACCUGACGAAGACGGCAUGACACCGACAGCGUGGGCUGCUUAUCACGGAAACUUGGAUGCUUUGAGACUUAUCGUGGCAAGAGGAGGCAACCCUGACAAGGCUGAUUAUGUUGGCAAUACUGCCCUACACUGUGCAGCGGGCAACGGACACAUGAACUGCGUCACAUUCCUCGUCAAUUUUGGUGCCAACAUCUGGGCGUUAGACAACGACUUCCACACUCCUCUAGAUAUCGCUGCGAUAAAUGAACACAUGGAGAUCGUGAGGUAUUUAGACACGGUUGUGGCAAAACAGUCGGCGCUUAACAAACGAGUUGUGAGAAAAUUAAAGGAGAAGGCAAUAUUAGAGGCACAGAAACGUGUAAAACUUUACAUGAAAAUGCAGGAUAAGGCUCAGAAAAGAGCUAUGAAGGAAGAUCAAAAGAUCAAAAAGAUGGACCAACGAUUAGAAACAACGACAAUGUCGCCAAGUGUGUCAAGUUCUGGGACGUCAUUGGGGAAGAGUCCUCAUAGAAACAGUUUACCUUCGCUACAUGUGAACACUAACGAAAGUACCAACACUUUGACUAAACCUGGGCGGACUUCAUCUGUGUACAGUCAAUCACGACCGUAUUCUGACCAUUUUGCCCCAAGUUCUAGUAAUAAGCGUACUAGUGGCAUGAUAAUGAAAAAGAUACAAAAGAAGAAGAGCGAUGGUAGUGAGUUUAAAGUUAGUGAGAGUGAUAGACGGUCUGUGCGGUCAUUAAAGGGUCUUCAACGUGGUACUGAGGUUCUGUAUGUGAAAGAAAAUGGUGUUCAGAGCGAUCUCUUUGAUGCAAAAAGUGCUAUUUCAAAGGCACAUAGUGAGCCAGAUUUUCAGUAUUCAAAUGGCGAUUCUGGGAUUGCUAGCUAUGACUCUCAGCCGCAUGAAUCUGCUAGUCUAUUUGAACGACCCGGUCUAGGUUCCAUCGCAUUUUUUACCCGCCAUAAUCUUCUCGCGACUGGUGCUAUGAUGUCACUGCCUCAUACUGCUGAUGAAGAAGACACUGUUGACAGUGGCAAGGGCCUUUCUCCGUCCUCGACUGGGGAAAAAACUAAUAAUUUAUACCAACGGAACCAAAGUCGUCACCAGGUGAACGGGCAUGGUCCUCGACGGAGAAAUAGUCUUACGGAUAGCAUCGGAACUUUAGGUAGCUUGGCUCAUCGCAUGAAAGAAUUACCUUGGGAUGAGGAUGAAGUGGAAAGUCUCGAUGAUGAUGCUGAGGUGAAUGAAUCGUCACCAAUCGAAUUGUUUUUGGCAUCGUAUGGCCUUACAGAGUUUAUAUCGGUGUUUACGAAGGAGAAGAUAGACUUGCAAGCACUGUUAUUAUGUUCAGACAGUGAUUUGAAAGACAUAGGUGUGCCACUUGGACCUCGACGGAAGAUUCUUGAUGCUGCACAAAAGCGUAAAUUUAUGCUCAAGUCACCAGACGUGAUUCAAGAUUCAUACCUCUAACAUUGGGCAUGAUGGGAGCUAUGUUUUGUAAAGUUUCAAAUGACAGCCACCGACUAUUACGGUAUGAAUGAAAGCGUCAAUAUUUUGUCGAAGUGACGAUCGUCAAGACAUUCUCCAAUAUGGCUAAGAAAAUGGCUAUAAAAAUGGUGUCUGAUCAGCAAUCUUCUGAUGAGUCUUCACUACACUAAAUUAGAGGGGUUGUGCAAGUUACUGCUGGUUGUCACUCACGCAAAGUUACAUAGUUCCUGUAUGUGUAGGUAUAUAGAGGUUCUGGAAUGCAUCAGAGAAGUUUUCCCAAGUAAUCUACCACCUUAAGUUGGAGGUGACACGGUGAGUGACUUUCCAGUCAUUACUAGGUCACAUCAUGUCAAACCAUUUGGCGGCAGUGAUGUCAUCCUUAUGCAUAAAGCAGUGUACAUGUAUAUAGCGAGUUCAUGCUCUCAGUGACCCUGCUGUUUGUGUCUAGUCCUUUAGAGUCAAUUUUAAUAUCUAGCAAUGCUUUUGAUUUCAGUCAUUAGCGGGCAGUGCAAUAGAUGGUACCUAGAAGUCCUUUUUCCUAAAAAUAGUGCUUACUCGGUGCACGCACACAUUCAAAUGUUGUGUAGCCUACACUUUUCUAUCUGUUGCAUCCUCCGCACAGGAACCGUAUCUGACUUUAGAUUUGUGACAGUCAGCAGUAACACGCAGUAAUGUGGCCCACGAAUUAUGGGUUAUGGUUCACACACAGUGUAGAUUUCACGUUUGCGAUCCUUUUGGUUCUCUAUGAUCUGGUUACAGCAUAACCUCUCCUCUCCAUUCAACAUCUGUUUGCUUUCUGUGAUGCAUGAUGUGAUACAUAUUCUCUAGUCCACUAAGUGUCCAAGUCACAGGUUUUGGUUCAAAUACAACUGAAAUCAAUUUGUCCUUAUUACUGAAAGACCGUUCCGUUCAAGAAAUGUUCCACUCCGUCUUGAAAAACUUUUACUGCCAUUUUUGUGGUUAACAGAAAAAGUACAUUUUACUCCAAACACUACACCUGUUCUGAAGGGCCGGAAACACAAACAUGCAUUGAUUGGCAAAACCUGGCCAAUUUGUUUCUAAGUUAUUCAGCACCAUCAUCCAGAGAGUCGCUAACUAUAAUAUUCUGACAGCAGUUGCAACACAAAAAGGUCUUGAAACUCCCUUUUUAAGAAUAUGUCAAGGUUCUGAACUUACAAACAAAUGUAUUUACAAAACCUGAUUGCAAACGUUUUUUAUGCAUUCUUAACAGAGCAUUCAUAGCAUGCCUACUUGGAUUCAUAAAGCACUUAUUAAAGAAGUAUUCUACCAGUGAUGGGUGAAAUCAGUCAACCAGGGAACAUAAGAUAAGCAUUCUCUGUCUAGUUAAUCAUUGGGAAUGAAGAGUUGUAAACUUCUUUUCAAUAUCGUGUCAACCAAAUCACUUAACCUUUUGCUAGCAGCAAAGUUUUAGGCUUUUGAUAUCUGAAUAUGUUUAGGAAUACCGGAGUACAAGUAUCUGGGACACUUUCCAAUUAUAUUGUUACAAACAUGUCUUUCUAUAGUUACUGCCAAUGAUAACCACCAAAAUCAUUUCGCCAAUCAUUCCACCUACGCUUGUAAUAAUUCAUGAACUAUCCAUCUCAAAACCACCUGCAGGUCCAAUAACAACCAUUUAGGUAGGUGUGGCACUCUAAAAUUCAAGUUAGGCCUACUUCAUAUAAGCGCGACAUUUGUCAUAUGCAAAAUCAAAGCAUUUGUGAAAUGUAUGGUUGUGCCCAGGCCGUUGCCAUUCCCAAAUUCCUGGUAUCGUUGUUAUGUCUGGAAACAUUCCAAUUACUACACAUUGUAUAUGCGUUGUCGUGAGAUAUAUUGACUUCAUGUCACCUGGCUAUUGUUUUAUGCAUGUGGAAUCCUAUGGCUGUGUAUGCACAUAGAGCACAGCUUUUGGGCAAUACAUCAUUUGGUGGAUUUUAAAACAAAUGCACCUAUUUAAAAAAAAUCGAUUAGGGCCAACAGCAGACUCACAGAAAAUGUAAAUUGUGAAGGUGCUACCUUCUUUUCCAUUUGAAAGUAUGUUAUCACUAACGGAGAAUGGGACAGUCUUUGGUUGACUGGGCGUUUACUUCUAGUCGCUUGACCUCUUCCUAAGCUUAUAAAUAUUGAAAAACACAGCUUUUCAUGUUGUGUUAGAGAGCUGGCUUGUAGGGAGUUCAUACGAUUAUGAAAGUUGGUCCCCUCUACAGCAAUAUCUUGUCAACCAGUUAACAGUUUAAGAGCUUCUUUCACUGCCAUGCGGGUCUCAAAUAUGACUGGUCUGAUCACUUUUGAUAGUCUAUGCACAAUAUAUAUCGUUAGUCGAUUAGUACCUAAUUCUUGCAAUAGGUCUGUUUCAUUUUUUGGUAUCCAUCACCAUUUUGAAGUAUCUUUGGGCAGAUUUUCCCCUCAGUGUCAUCUGAUAUACAUGUAACCAGCAGUAUUGGGAUUUAUCUUCAAAUUGUUUGUCUGGAAUAAUUGAAUGAUAUUGAUUUUGAAAGUAGAUUACUGGAGGAAUGGAAUGGAUGACGAAACCAGUGAAGAAAUUGAGAUAUCACAAAUUUCAGUGGAUGCUUGCAAAUAUGGUGCAGUCAUGCAUUGUCAAAUUGACUGGAAAUGCAUAGGGAUGACAAUGACUGUGUAUGGUGCAGUCAUACCCUGUCAAAUGGUCUUAAAAUGCAUAGGAAAACUACAGUGGUCUUGUUUCAUUUAGGCCUACAAGUCAUUUGAUGUACACACCUUAUGUACUGCCAUUAACAUCUUCUUUGGUGGAUCACAGCAAAGCUGUGAAAACCAAUAAUUUUUUGUCUUGGAUCACAGUGGGUUUUUCCUUCGGGUGUUAAAAACAUUGAAUAAUGGAUAGCUACUCUGUGCAAUGCACAACAUUGAAACUGGUUUCAACAAUGCAGGUUUAGCAGCUUCAGCUCAUAUCAAAUGCCAAAGGGCUUUUGCUAUGGAAACACAAGCAUGUGGUCAUUUGAUAUUUUGAAAUCUUUAGUUCCAUUACGAAAGGCAGACAAAUUGUGACAUAGUCAAAGACAUAGUCAUUUUCAAGAGUUUGUACUUUUUCUUCUUCAUUUUCAUCCGGCACCAUUUAAUUGACAAAUGUGUAUUGUACAUAUAUUAUAUAUGUUAAUAUGUAAAUACUAUAAUCUGCAGGUGGCAUGGAUGCAUUCAAAAAAGAAACAUUCCAAUUUGUACUGAAUUAUUUACAGAAUAAAUUAUUCACAUAUAAAUUCUUAGAAAUGUUAAUUAUCAGAAGUAGGAUCAUUCAGCAACAUGACCGUAUAGAAGAAUGCGAAAAGAUUGAAUCUGGUACCAAUCACGUCUAGGAAUUCCUUUAUCAGGCUAACUUAGAUGGUACAUCCAUCACUACUAUCCGUCAUAAAACAUUGUCAUUUGUCUCAAGUUUCAAAAGGAUUAGAAGACAAGUCAUACUGAUGCUUCACAGGUGUAGUCCAUUAACACAGAAUCCAUCGAUGUGUUGUAAAAAUAUUACCACUUGCGUCAAAUAGAUCGAGUGACGAAAUAUGUGAAAUUUUACUAAUUCGCCACUCGUACAGUUCAUUUGGGAGAUCGUGUGCUACCGACCGCGUCGUCCACAUGUUAGGAGGCAGAGAAGCCAACACAAUACAUGAAUUCUCCAGGAUGCCACAACAAUACUAGAACUUGAUUUGUUUUGGUCUAAAGUAAGUGUAUAUUGCCUCUUUUCAAUGAUGUUUAUGACUGCAAAACAUGAACUGUUGUUUUGGGAAUAUUGUCCGAUAUGAAUGUUAAUUCAUAUCUUCUCAUUGAAAAUGUCCAGUGAGAUCCCUGUCAGCAUUCUUAUUUAACUACAAAAAUAGUGUGUGGUAUUUCGGAUUUAAGUUGGAAUCUAUUAACUUCUACCAGUCCAAUGAAAAUGCAAUAAGACCUAAAAUGCAUGCUACACUCUUAUAAAUAAAAGUUUUCGAGCGUCUGAAAAAUCAGUAAUGCCCAACACAAUGGGCCCCGUAGAGGUUUUUCUGCAAACCAUUUGUUUUUUUUUUAAUUACCACAAAACCUCUAUGAGGUGCCUAUUUGUGUUGGCCGAAAAAGCAUGAAAGCUUUCUGGGUCUCAAAAACCUUUAUUUUUUCUCAAGAGUGUAUAUUACAGGUGCACCUGCACAGCAGUGACAUACCAAGAACCCUGUAGAGGAUGUCAGUGUAUAGGAAACAUGAGUCCCCUUCUGCAAGUUCAUGAGUUAUUUGACGUUUAACAUUAUGAUACUGAUUUCGAAAACAAUGGUAUAUUUGACCAGAAUAUUAUAACAAAGCUCCUUUUUGAAUUAUUUAUUUGAUAUGCCCACACAAGGUAAUGAGGGAAAGUACAACUUAUGGUUGUGGUUUAGUAAGUUUUGUCCGUGUGGUGCGGAUGUUGUUAAAAGAUUGCAUCAUAGAUAUUUUUAAAUCAACGGAACACAAAUGUGCAAAUUGCAUGUACAUUGAUGUAUUUUCAUGUCCUCUUUGAAUAACUGUAUUGAUUUGGCUCUGCGCUAUGCUUUGUUUUUCCACAUGCAGUGUCAUCUGCUUGGGCGAUGUGUUUAUUCUGUGUUUUCCAGAAUGUCGAACUGUUCUUGUUUAAAGGCUACACUGUUUGGUUGAAAUCUUAAGUUGAAUUUAAACACUGCAAUAACGGCGGCUAGCCUUUGGCCUGCCUGAAAUGUGUGCAAGCCGAGUCCAAAACUGUCUCGCAACACUGGCGAAAAUUAUUAACAAAGAUCAGAAUCAGUGUGAUGCUACCAGUGGCGGUGCAUGGUGUCAAGCAGGGGCAUUAUCCUCCGGGCUAGAUAAAUCCCACGCCCAAGUUGUCCUUUUAGAGACAAAUACUAACAUGAUGAAAUGCAUACUUGAUACGGUUAAAAAUGCCAAACUUCAGUAGCAUUUAGGGACUCGGAAACACUUAACGUGUUUGAGGAUGAUGACGGCACCAUACGGAUAACUAUAGGCUAGCAGAAAAAUUGACGAGGUCUGUUGUUUUAGGGAUAACAGUACCUACCAAGAAUUCGAUGGUUAGGCUAUCUUAUUCCAUUUUGGCUAAUUAAAUUAGAUAAUUUUUUUAAAUGAAUACUUUCAACCAUGCCUGCAAAUAACUGUUUUUCAAUUAUACCCUUCACAAUGGGUGUGAAAAUAAAAAUAUGCUUUUGAUACAGUUGAAAUAGUUCACAAUGGGUGUGAAAAUAAAAAUAUGCUUUUGAUACAGUUGAAAUAGUUCAUGUUCAGUUGUUUCAAAAUGUUUCUUUUUCAAAUGGAGUUAAAAUUAAUGAAGUUACUAUAAAAACGUUGACAAUUUUUCUCCAGAAUUUUAAGAUGCAUUGAAGAUUUUAGUUCUGAGUUUCCCUUCAGGCCGGUGAGAAUACUAAGGAUAUUGUUGUGUUUUUGUUAAUUAUGUGCCUGGACAUUAGAGGACGACUGUCCAUGGGGAGUAAAAAAGUAGAAAAUGAAUACAGCAUCGAAGGUUUUAAGGUUCCCUCUUUAAAUCGUUAAGCCAGUGAGGAAACCAAGAAUUUUUUGAGUCAUCGUGAAUUAUGUUGCCUGGACAUUAGGAUGACUUUUAUGGACAGUAUGAAAGUGGAAAGUGGAUGUAUAUGUUGCAUAUUUUUGAUGAGGUUUUGUUUCAAGUUCAUUCUACACAAUGAGGAAGUGAUAUUUUAAAAUCCCGGUAGAUGGCGCAAAAAGCGAGUCACAUACCUUCUCGGGGUUUGUGUGAUUUUUGUACGGUAGCACUUUGUUAUGACAACGACAACAGCUGAUAAUGUAAAUGACGGCACAUGGGGUGAGCUAACACCUGGAAAAUGCCACUUUAAAUGCAAGCAGAACAAUGGAAUGGAUUUUGCUAUGAAGUAUGAUUGCUUUCACUGUAAUGUCGUUGUUGCAUCUGAAUUUGUUGUUUUUCUCGUGUACAAACCUACUUCGGUAUGAGCCCGAAAAGAAUUACGAAUAACGAAUUACGAAUUACGAAUAUUUUAUUACAUUUGUUUCUUACUACUGCUUGCAGAGGAUACAAGAAGUUAUGAAAAUAACGGAUUCAUCAAACAAAACAACACUGUCAUGCAUGAUAUGACAGAAUAUUGGCUGCUAGAAGUAGAAAAGGGAUGUGACUAACUGCGCCUUCUAGCGUAUUCGGGUUGGUGUCUUUUGAACAAGAAUGUAAGCUAAUAUAUUGAUAUUCAUUUAUAAAGUUUUUCAAAUCCGUUCACUUUUAUUUGAAGUAUUUUCAUACACCUCUUAUAAAAUGAUGUUUAGUCUGUGAUUCAUGUUCUGUAGUUUUGAAAACAUUGUAAAAUAAAGUCAGUCAUUUCAAUUCU